AUGGCGCACCAUAAGGAGAGGAUGGCGCACCAUAAGGAGAGGAUGGCGCACCAUAAGGAGAGGAUGGCGCACCAUAAGGAGAGGAUGGCGCACCAUAAGGAGAGGAUGGCGCACCAUAAGGAGAGGAUGGCGCACCAUAAGGAGAGGAUGGCACACCAUAAGGAGAGGAUGGCGCACCAUAAGGAGAGGAUGGCGCACCAUAAGGAGAGGAUGGCGCACCAUAAGGAGAGGAUGGCGCACCAUAAGGAGAGGAUGGCGCACCAUAAGGAGAGGAUGGCGCACCAUAAGGAGAGGAUGGCGCACCAUAAGGAGAGGAUGGCGCACCAUAAGGAGAGGAUGGCGCACCAUAAGGAGAGGAUGGCGCACCAUAAGGAGAGGAUGGCGCACCAUAAGGAGAGGAUGGCGCACCAUAAGGAGAGGAUGGCGCACCAUAAGGAGAGGAUGGCGCACCAUAAGGAGAGGAUGGCGCACCAUAAGGAGAGGAUGGCGCACCAUAAGGAGAGGAUGGCGCACCAUAAGGAGAGGAUGGCGCACCAUAAGGAGAGGAUGGCGCACCAUAAGGAGAGGAUGGCGCACCAUAAGGAGAGGAUGGCGCACCAUAAGGAGAGGAUGGCGCACCAUAAGGAGAGGAUGGCGCACCAUAAGGAGAGGAUGGCGCACCAUAAGGAGAGUAUGGCGCACCAUAAGGAGAGUAUGGCGCACCAUAAGGAGAGUAUGGCGCACCAUAAGGAGAGUAUGGCGCACCAUAAGGAGAGUAUGGCGCACCAUAAGGAGAGUAUGGCGCACCAUAAGGAGAGUAUGGCGCACCAUAAGGAGAGUAUGGCGCACCAUAAGGAGAGUAUGGCGCACCAUAAGGAGAGUAUGGCGCACCAUAAGGAGAGUAUGGCGCACCAUAAGGAGAGUAUGGCGCACCAUAAGGAGAGUAUGGCGCACCAUAAGGAGAGUAUGGCGCACCAUAAGGAGAGUAUGGCGCACCAUAAGGAGAGUAUGGCGCACCAUAAGGAGAGGAUGGCGCACCAUAAGGAGAGGAUGGCGCACCAUAAGGAGAGGAUGGCGCACCAUAAGGAGAGGAUGGCGCACCAUAAGGAGAGGAUGGCGCACCAUAAGGAGAGGAUGGCGCACCAUAAGGAGAGGAUGGCGCACCAUAAGGAGAGGAUGGCGCACCAUAAGGAGAGGAUGGCGCACCAUAAGGAGAGGAUGGCGCACCAUAAGGAGAGGAUGGCGCACCAUAAGGAGAGGAUGGCGCACCAUAAGGAGAGGAUGGCGCACCAUAAGGAGAGGAUGGCGCACCAUAAGGAGAGGAUGGCGCACCAUAAGGAGAGGAUGGCGCACCAUAAGGAGAGGAUGGCGCACCAUAAGGAGAGGAUGGCGCACCAUAAGGAGAGGAUGGCGCACCAUAAGGAGAGGAUGGCGCACCAUAAGGAGAGGAUGGCGCACCAUAAGGAGAGGAUGGCGCACCAUAAGGAGAGGAUGGCGCACCAUAAGGAGAGGAUGGCGCACCAUAAGGAGAGGAUGGCGCACCAUAAGGAGAGGAUGGCGCACCAUAAGGAGAGGAUGGCGCACCAUAAGGAGAGGAUGGCGCACCAUAAGGAGAGGAUGGCGCACCAUAAGGAGAGGAUGGCGCACCAUAAGGAGAGGAUGGCGCACCAUAAGGAGAGUAUGGCGCACCAUAAGGAGAGGAUGGCGCACCAUAAGGAGAGGAUGGCGCACCAUAAGGAGAGGAUGGCGCACCAUAAGGAGAGGAUGGCGCACCAUAAGGAGAGGAUGGCGCACCAUAAGGAGAGGAUGGCGCACCAUAAGGAGAGGAUGGCGCACCAUAAGGAGAGGAUGGCGCACCAUAAGGAGAGUAUGGCGCACCAUAAGGAGAGUAUGGCGCACCAUAAGGAGAGUAUGGCGCACCAUAAGGAGAGUAUGGCGCACCAUAAGGAGAGUAUGGCGCACCAUAAGGAGAGUAUGGCGCACCAUAAGGAGAGUAUGGCGCACCAUAAGGAGAGUAUGGCGCACCAUAAGGAGAGUAUGGCGCACCAUAAGGAGAGUAUGGCGCACCAUAAGGAGAGUAUGGCGCACCAUAAGGAGACUAUGGCGCACCAUAAGGAGAGUAUGGCGCACCAUAAGGAGAGCAUGGCGCACCAUAAGGAGAGUAUGGCGCACCAUAAGGAGAGUAUGGCGCACCAUAAGGAGAGUAUGGCGCACCAUAAGGAGAGUAUGGCGCACCAUAAGGAGAGUAUGGCGCACCAUAAGGAGAGUAUGGCGCACCAUAAGGAGAGUAUGGCGCACCAUAAGGAGAGUAUGGCGCACCAUAAGGAGAGUAUGGCGCACCAUAAGGAGAGUAUGGCGCACCAUAAGGAGAGUAUGGCGCACCAUAAGGAGAGUAUGGCGCACCAUAAGGAGAGUAUGGCGCACCAUAAGGAGAGUAUGGCGCACCAUAAGGAGAGUAUGGCGCACCAUAAGGAGAGUAUGGCGCACCAUAAGGAGAGUAUGGCGCACCAUAAGGAGAGUAUGGCGCACCAUAAGGAGAGUAUGGCGCACCAUAAGGAGAGUAUGGCGCACCAUAAGGAGAGUAUGGCGCACCAUAAGGAGAGUAUGGCGCACCAUAAGGAGAGCAUGGCGCACCAUAAGGAGAGUAUGGCGCACCAUAAGGAGAGUAUGGCGCACCAUAAGGAGAGUAUGGCGCACCAUAAGGAGAGUAUGGCGCACCAUAAGGAGAGUAUGGCGCACCAUAAGGAGAGUAUGGCGCACCAUAAGGAGAGUAUGGCGCACCAUAAGGAGAGUAUGGCGCAUAAGGAGAGUAUGGCGCACCAUAAGGAGAGUAUGGCGCACCAUAAGGAGAGUAUGGCGCACCAUAAGGAGAGUAUGGCGCACCAUAAGGAGAGUAUGGCGCACCAUAAGGAGAGUAUGGCGCACCAUAAGGAGAGUAUGGCGCACCAUAAGGAGAGUAUGGCGCACCAUAAGGAGAGUAUGGCGCACCAUAAGGAGAGUAUGGCGCACCAUAAGGAGAGUAUGGCGCACCAUAAGGAGAGUAUGGCGCACCAUAAGGAGAGUAUGGCGCACCAUAAGGAGAGUAUGGCGCACCAUAAGGAGAGUAUGGCGCACCAUAAGGAGAGUAUGGCGCACCAUAAGGAGAGUAUGGCGCACCAUAAGGAGAGUAUGGCGCACCAUAAGGAGAGUAUGGCGCACCAUAAGGAGAGUAUGGCGCACCAUAAGGAGAGUAUGGCGCACCAUAAGGAGAGUAUGGCGCACCAUAAGGAGAGUAUGGCGCACCAUAAGGAGAGUAUGGCGCACCAUAAGGAGAGUAUGGCGCACCAUAAGGAGAGUAUGGCGCACCAUAAGGAGAGUAUGGCGCACCAUAAGGAGAGUAUGGCGCACCAUAAGGAGAGUAUGGCGCACCAUAAGGAGAGUAUGGCGCACCAUAAGGAGAGUAUGGCGCACCAUAAGGAGAGUAUGGCGCACCAUAAGGAGAGUAUGGCGCACCAUAAGGAGAGUAUGGCGCACCAUAAGGAGAGUAUGGCGCACCAUAAGGAGAGUAUGGCGCACCAUAAGGAGAGUAUGGCGCACCAUAAGGAGAGUAUGGCGCACCAUAAGGAGAGUAUGGCGCACCAUAAGGAGAGUAUGGCGCACCAUAAGGAGAGUAUGGCGCACCAUAAGGAGAGUAUGGCGCACCAUAAGGAGAGUAUGGCGCACCAUAAGGAAGAGUAUGGCGCACCAUAA